ACCCAACCCUCGAUCCUAGACCACGGUCAAAGCGGGUUGGAAGAAACCCGUCUUGCCUCAUGGGUUUUGCCAGGGAUCUUCUGGGCUGCGGUUUUUUUCGUUCCAAGCCCAAUGGCGAGCUGGAUCAACGGAACCGCAGCAAACAAAUUGACAAACAACUUCGCUUGGAUCGCAGAAAGGUCCAACGUAUGGUUAAAUUGCUUCUCUUGGGCGCAGGGGAAUCCGGAAAGUCGACAUUUCUGAAGCAAAUGAGGAUCAUUCACGGCUUGCAAUUCGAUGCCAACCAGAUAGAGGAAUUCAAACGCGUCAUAUAUCAAAAUAUUGUCCGAGGCAUGCAAGUACUGGCAAGCAACAGUUUCAAAUGGGGUUAUGCCAUGGAACACGCCGAAAACGAAGAGAACAGAGUGACCUUGCUUCAGCUCACCGAGUAUUCCACCAUCAACGCCCAUACGUUUGGUGGGCGAUAUCACGCCAUCCUGUCAUCAUUGUGGCGCGAUCAAGCCAUUCAGCAAGUGUUUGAGCGUCGAUCCAAGCUCCAAGUGGUGGAUUCAGUGGGGUACUUUUUGAACAAUCUGGAUCGAGUCUCGGAUCCCAAUUAUGUGCCCACCAACCAAGACAUCUUGUACUGUCGGAAAACUACCAAAGGUAUCAUCGAAUUCCCCAUGACCAUCGAGAACGUGCCGUUUCUCUUUGUGGAUGUGGGCGGCCAAAGAACCCAACGGCAAAAGUGGUUCGAAUGCUUUGAUUCGGUCACGGCCAUCUUGUUCAUGGCCUCGACGAGUGAAUUUGAUCAGGUUCUCUUGGAAGACUCCAUGACCAAUCGGUUGGAAGAGGCGCGGACAGUGUUCAGUAGCAUUGUUAACAACAAAAUCUUCAAACAAGCAGCCAUUAUUCUUUUCCUGAAUAAGAUGGAUUUACUGAAGGAGAAAGUUUGUUACAAGAAAGUCAAUAUUGCAGAGUUCUUCCCAUUGGAGUUUGAGGAGAUGUGUGAGAUAUCAAAAAAGCAAAGUCAGCCAAUCAAAGGUGAUCCGCUGAAUUUGGAUGACGUGAAAAGUUUCAUUUUAUAUCUAUUUGUGUCCAAGCAUUUCGACAAGUCUAAACCAUUGUACCAUCAUUUUACCACUGCUGUAGACACCAGGAAUAUUGAAUUCGUAUUUAAUUCGGUCAAAGAGACGAUUCUGAGGCGGAACUUGGAUGCCCUCAUGUUAGAAUGAGAUAUUCAGAGAUGUCUCCUACCAUAUAUCUCUCAUCAUAUUAACGAGGCAAUACAUAUUCCAAAUAAAAACCGUGACUCAAGCCCA